UAACUCUAAUCAAAAAUUUUUUGUAAUUAGAUAACCCCUUUUGUUUUUGUUUUGAUGACUCGCAAAACGGAGCUGUGUUAUCAGCACUUAUUCACAUAUAUAGACUCGAACAUUUGCUGCCUUAAAGGAGCAUCCUUUAUAUCAGAUUACGAAAAGGCAAUGCGUAACGCGUUAAAAGGUCUGCAUCCCAAAAUGAAUUUUUACGCCUGUUGGUUUCAUUUUACUCAAGCAUGCAAGAAAAAUGCCAAGCAAUCGAGUGGUUUUGAAAAUACGCUGAAAUGCAAUAAGAAAGCUUACAUGCUAUUUAUGAAAUUUUUGCACUUGCCGCUUUUACCAGAACGCAAAAUUGUCGAAGCAUUUAACCUUCUAAAAGGCGAAGCAAUAAACUUAAAUAAGAAGCUGUUUUCUCCAUUUUUAAAAUAUUUUAAUAGACAGUGGCUUAAAAAGGAGGGACCAAAAAGCAUAUCCGUGUUUAAGAGGUCAACUAGAACCACGAGCUCAGUAGAAGCUUAUAAUUUGAAUUUGGGAAAUAAAAUUCGAGCAAAUGGGCACUUUUGUAAAUUUGUUCAAUGUCUUAUUGAUGCAGAAAAUGAAAAAAGUCGCGAGUUUGCUUUACUCUUUCAAAAUGGUGGUAAUGGAAAUCAGACACAGAAGAAGAAAUUACGUGAUCGCUCAAAAAAAAUAAUGGACGCAAUGGAUCUUUUUGAAAGAGGUGAAAUAGAUAUACAGGGAUUUCUGACAUGCACUGUUUCCUUAGCUGACCGCUUUUCAAAGCAGGACUUCUUUGAAGGGGUGGACAAUGAAAGCAAUUUAACUGGAAUGUCUUCUGAUAUGAAAUCUUCCACAUCGUCACUUUCAGCGAAUGCUUCUCAUUCAAGUCAGUCAUCUGAUAAAUCAUUGGUUCAAAUGAAUCCAUGCAAUGUGUGCCUAUGUAACCCAAAGUCUGUGUUGUUGCGCCCGUGCAAUCACGUAAACAUUUGUGGUACAUGUUGGGAUCAAAUUGUGGCAAAAAAAGAGUUGGAAGAAAAUGAAAAUAUAAAGCCAAAAUGUCCAAGUUGCAACCGAGAAGUCGAAGAGGCCAUACGCAAUGUUUUUAUUUACAAUUAACUUGUGUAAGUUAAGAACGACAAAAUUUAAGAAAACUUCUAUUAUGAUUUCUGUGUAUUUGGACUAUUGCACAUGUUUUAAUUUCAAUAAAAUCAUGUUAUAAAAUGAAAUGCUGUCAAAAAAAUAUAAGUGUAUUUUACAUGCGAAA